GUGCAACCUGGCACCUAUGCAUGCUCUCUCACACUCCGCUCUUUCUCGUCUCAGACCUCAUUCAAUUAAUUGAUUAAUUCCAUAACUGAAUUUCCUUCGCUUCACUUCGUUCCUUGCAUCCCCAUACCUCGUACUGUGUGUCCCGUAAGCAUCCUAGGAGAUCCGGUUCUCUGUUAAAAAAAAUAAAUAAUUGAAAGAGUGUUUCUCUCUCUGUUACAAGCACAACGCAAGUGGAAAAAAUGAAGGAAACAGAGAAGCUAAUUUGGGAUCAGGGUCGAGGGCCUGGUUCUGGAACUCCAGCACAGCAACGACCCUCGCCCUCACAGAAGCUUAUGGUGUGGCUCAUCCUCUUCGUUUCUAUCACCUACAUGGUUUACACUCUCAAGCUUGUCUCCACGUCAAGCACCUGCAACCAUGGUCCAUUCUCCUCCGUCCACCUCUCUUCUUCCUCUUUCCCCGUCAAUGCCACCGUCACUGUCACUGCCACCGCCUCCCCCAACAGAAAGGAGAAGAAGGAAAUCCGUGAGCAAAAGACGGAGCUCCGUCACGUGGUGUUCGGAAUCGCGGCGUCGUCGAAGCUGUGGGAACAGAGGAAGAACUACAUAAAGAUUUGGUACAAGAAGAAGGAGAUGAGGGGAGUGGUGUGGCUUGACGAUCGCGUGAAGACGAACUCGAAGGAAGGGUUGCCAGCUGUGAAGGUUUCCACCGACACAUCCAACUUCGUUUAUACAAACAAGAUAGGUCACCGCUCCGCCAUUAGAAUAUCCCGCAUCGUGUCUGAAACGCUGCGUUUGGGGAUGAAGAACGUGCGGUGGUUCGUGAUGGGGGACGACGACACGAUCUUCGUGACGGACAAUCUGCUGAGGAUUUUGAACAAGUACGAUCACAAGCAGAUGUAUUACAUUGGGAGCUUGUCGGAGAGUCACUUGCAGAAUAUUUUCUUCUCCUAUGGAAUGGCCUACGGCGGAGGAGGGUUCGCCAUCAGCUACCCUUUAGCUAAGGCUUUGCAGAAAAUGCAGGAUCGUUGUAUUCAGAGGUAUCCGAGUCUCUAUGGUUCCGAUGAUCGAAUGCAAGCUUGUAUGGCUGAACUCGGUGUUCCUCUCACUAAGGAAAUCGGUUUUCACCAGUACGAUGUGUAUGGGAACCUGUUUGGGCUUCUUGCAGCUCAUCCAGUGACUCCAUUGGUGUCACUGCACCAUCUUGAUGUGGUUGAGCCAAUCUUUCCCAAUGUGACGAGAGUAGAAGCGCUUCAACGGCUUACUAUUCCAAUGAAGCUUGACUCAGCAUCGCUCAUUCAGCAAUCCAUCUGCUACGACAAAAAAAAGAGGUGGACCAUUUCAGUGUCGUGGGGUUUCGCUGUUCAGAUAUUUCGUGGGAUAUUUACACCUCGGGAAAUGGAAAUGCCUUCCAGAACUUUCCUGAAUUGGUAUAGAAGAGCAGAUUACACUGCAUAUGCAUUCAACACACGCCCAGUUAGCCGAAACCCGUGUCAGAAGCCUUUCGUGUUUUACUUUUCAAAGGCCAAAUACAAUUCUACAAUGCCACACACAGUGACGGAAUAUGAAAGACAUUAUGUUCCUCAUCCUGAAUGCCGCUGGAAGAUGGCUGACCCUUCUACUCUUGACAAAGUACAGAUAUUUAAGAAGCCAGACCCCCAUCUAUGGGAUAGAGCUCCAAGGAGAAACUGUUGCAGAGUGAUGAAGUCAAACCAGAAAGGAACCAUGAUGAUAGACGUGGGUGUAUGUAAAGAUGGUGAGAUCGGCGAAGCUUAAUUGUGACAAGUUCUGAUUAAUAUUGUUAGGUUCUUGUUCUGAUUAAUGUCUAUAUCUUGGAGCAUAUUUCUUCAUUUAUUGGGUGUUAACUUGAAAUUUUGUCAUUCUGCCCGGGCGCCCUCAAUUUGGGUGAGUUGUGGAAAGAAAGUACAUGUUGUAAGUUCUUAAUAACUGUUAUCAUUAUUGGUUUCAAAUUUGUAUUUCAAUUCAAACAAGUUGCAGAAGAAAUAAUGAAGAAGUUCAAUUUAUAUUUUUUU